GGCCCAAUAAGCUCGUUUAUGGCGCGAGAGGAAGAGACCAUAUAGGCCCAUAAUAGAGAAACUCAUCCAUUCCCACGUCUCGUUCUUCUUCCACGUGGAUUGGCUAGUGUUAUUAAAUAAAGCUGCAACGGUAACAAGAGAAAGCCACGUGUCCACAUGGCCCUGUAACGUUCACUACAACGGUUACAUUGUUCUUCUCCUUUUCCUUUUUCUCUCCAACCAACAACUCCAUUCUCUCUCUCUCUGUGUAUUCUUCUCUAAUGGAGCCUGCUCAUAUCGAUUGGAAGAGAAUCGAUUCUCGUUUUGUUGAAGACGUUUUCUACGAACACAUCAGAGCUCCUAAAUGGUUCGAUUUCUUGGCCCCUACCCAUUUUGACUCCAUUGACGACGAUGCUUGGUUCUGCAAACCUGAAUGUAAUCAUCCCAAGAGACCCGAGGACUUUUUCUCAACGCCAACUUCUUCCAAGCAUCCAAGUCUGCGGGAUACGAAUGAGACUCUAACAGAGCAGAAUCAGAGGAGGAGGGGAUAUGCUUUAUCACCUUCUACUCCAAACAACCAAGAAAGUGAAAACCAGAAUCCAAACUUAGCCACACCUCCAAGUUACCAAGCAAAAUCCUGGAAAGCAGCAAUCAAAUCAAGUUCUGUCAAGAAGAUGAAUAAAGAAGCACCAAGACUAAAGAGCACACAAUCAGCUAGAAAUCUGUUUUCCGGGAGAGACAUAUUUGGUCAUAUCUCAGAUUUCUGCUAUGAAUUGAAGAGAUUAGCCACAAGGGUGACUGAGAGAGAAGAUACUGGGAAGUCUGAAGUGAAGGAGAGUCAUCAAGUGAGUGGAUUAAUAAACCAGCCUUACUCUGUUCAUGACUUGGAAUUGAAAAAGGAAAGAAAGCCAUUGCUUGAAGUAAGCAAAGAUAAGCUCCCCGAGUCCACGGAUGUUAAAGGAAGUACCUUUAAAGAGAACCGUAGAAGAAAGAAGAGAGUGGAUGAUGCGGAGAACAUUCCUGUCUCAGUUAAUGUGGAGACUGUAAAGAACAAAGGAGAGGAGGGUAGAAGAAAGAAGAGAAUGGAUGAUGCAGAGAACAUCCCUGCUCCUCUAAAACUGGAGACUGUGAAGAACAAAGGACACGAACGAUUCCUGCAGCAAAUCAGGACAAAUCCACCAUCUCCUCAAUGCUUCUCAGAGAACCGGACAGCUACAUUGAAACCCUUGAGGACCAAACCUACGGAAGUAUUGAAGAGAAAGGAAGAUGAAGCUGAAGAAGAGAAGAUCAGGAAGAGUGGAGAAGGCAGAGAAGGAAGGGGCUUGGACGUUCUCUGGUUCUUAAAGCCUUGCACUUUAGCCAACUAAAAAAAGCUCUAAAUUUCACCAAAUUCUUUCUAUAUUGAUUCAUUCUUUUGUUCAUUUCAUUUUAUUCAACUCUAACUAACGAGAUGAUGAUCUUGCUCAGAUAUAUAAUUCUGGGCAAAUUUGAUUCAAUCUCUUACUUUUACA